AGCGUCUUUUUCUGUCGCAAUGGCGUUUGCGGCAGCAGGGAAAUCGAGGGGAGAGCAGUGACAAACGUCGCCAACGGUCACAUUAUCUCCUCGAAAGUGCUCGGAUUUGUACAAUAUUCGGACAACGGGCUUAGUUGUUGAUUGUGUGCUUCUUCUCUUUGUGGAUGAGAUUGUGUUGGACGUUUCCGAAGCGCGUCUCUCCACUUUAAUGCGGUGGGAUGGCCACAGUGCCGCCUGGGCCUAGUAACGCACUGCCUUCAUCCCCGGCUGAAGUUUCCCCUUUCUCUGGGGCAGGGAGAGCGGAGCCGGCGGCGGAAGCCGGAGAGGCGACCUACCGAGUGGGGGACUGCGUGUCCGCCGGCACGGGCAACUCGCAGCCGGUGAACGAGGUCAAAAGGUCGGCCAAGAAGAAGCAUAAAAACAUGCUAGCCCGGGCUAGCCCGGCGGCGCUCCACUUGAAAAUGCAAGCCGGAGAGCAGCAGCAGCUGAACGGCUUGGCCAGCCCCUCGGAGGACCCCGACGACCACGAGCGCGCAGGAAGCCCGCCCGACACUCUCGACCCGCCCGAGGACAGCUGUGGCAGCAGCUGUUGCAGCGAGGCUGCGGCCGCCGUCAACAGCACGGAGCACCGCCAGCACGAAGGCCCCGGCCCCUUCUCCAAGAACGGCCGCCACUCUCCUGUGACUAACAGCAGCGUGAACGGGAUGCCGGCUUUCACGAGGACUGCGGCGGCCCACGCAGGCGACGACCAGCGGGGUGGCCACGCGCAGCCCGGCAGAGCGCCGGGUGACAGCGACGGGCCCGGCGGAGGGGGGAGCCCCGCCGACGGGCCGCAGCCGCAGCCGCCGAGCGCCGAGCUGGCCCGGCUCGACCUGAGCAGAGCCGAGGGAGAGAGCCACGGCAUCCGCUACGUCCGCUACGAGUCCGAGCUGCAGAUGCCGUGGAUCAUGAGACUAAUCACCAAGGACUUGUCUGAGCCUUAUUCCAUUUACACGUACAGGUACUUCAUCCACAACUGGCCGCAGCUCUGCUUUCUGGCCAUGGUGGAGCAGGAGUGCGUGGGGGCCAUCGUUUGUAAGCUUGACAUGCAUAAGAAGAUGUUUCGCCGCGGCUACAUCGCCAUGCUGGCGGUGGACUCAAAACACAGGAGGAAAAGUAUUGGUACUAAUUUGGUGAAAAAGGCCAUCUAUGCCAUGGUGGAGGGGGACUGUGACGAGGUCGUACUGGAGACGGAGAUCACCAACAAAUCCGCCCUGAAGCUGUACGAGAACUUGGGUUUUGUCAGAGACAAGCGGCUGUUCAGAUACUACCUGAACGGAGUGGACGCGCUGCGGCUCAAACUGUGGCUCCGCUAGAGGAGGGAGGCUGAGGGACUGAGGGGCGGGAGGGGAGGGGGGGGGAUGUGGGCGGCUCUCCAGGUGCUCUUCACCUCUAACACUAGGAGCUCGACGCCCUGAGCUCCGCCCUUGGUCAUUUCGCCCCCGCCUACAUAUACACAGCGCACACCAACGCACCCACACCCAGGCCACCCCGCGUGGAAAGCGCGAGGCGUGCGCCCCGACACAGACACGCCCUCCUCUCCUCCUCGACGUCCGAACAACUAUCGCUUAGGCGGACAAAGACUGAGAUGCCAACAGACGUGUUUUAUUUUUUACGCAGAGGGCGGCCCCCCGGGGGGUCGGGGGCCGGGGGGGGUGGGAUGGUCCUGGCUCCUCAUCGCACUGUGACGUGGCAGAAUCCGAGGGGCCGCCACACCAAAUCAUCCUGCAGGACCCUGGACUAAGCCGGCCUGCAGGGAAACGACACGCAGGAAAGCAGGAAGCGCGGCUGCAAGCGGUGACCAGGAGGGAAAUAUUUGUGAAGUUUAUUUUUGGGUUGUAUUUUUUUUUUAAAGCCUUGUCUGGUUUGGGGGAGUGUUAAAGAUCUAGUCUGACUCGUGUGUUUGUACGGCCACAUGAUUAUUAUUAUUUUUUUAAUUUUUUUUUUUUUUUUCAGGCGUGUGUCUUUUCGAUUGUAUGUGCUGCUGCUGGUGGUUUCACUGAAAUUCUAAGCGAACGUGUUUUGGGUGACUGCUUGGAUGCGCACUGUAUGGUAUUCUGUUGUUUUGGUUUCUUGUUUUACCCACCGGGCGUGGCGCCCCGCUGCUGUCUCUCUCUCUCUCUCUCUCUCUCCCAUCGCCUUGGACCACGGCCCGUAAACACACGCGCUUCUGCUCGAUUCAGUGUGACAAGCAGCAGCAGCAGGAGGAGAGAAGAAAAAAAAACGCACCUCCUUCCCCUGUUUUUGGUCCGGAGCGGUCGUCCGACACAAAUCAAUCCGCAAUCACCUCAAACUUUGCCCAACGUGGGGAUGAACCACCCUUAUUCUUUUUUCCUCCAUAUCCAACCCUUCCAGGGUGCGAUUUAGGGAGUUUGUGUUCUAUUUCUUUUUGGUUUUUUUUGGGGUUUUUUUCCUCUAGUACACUGCCAGCCUCUGCAAAAUGCUCCCAAAAGAGACGCUUUGCCAAGGAUGGUGUGGUCAUCAAUGUCCAAGCUGUGUCUGUUUACUAAUUGACAUGAGCGGUCCCCAUUCUCAAGUGCCACUCAAUCCAUUAGGACUGGCGGGAGUUAGAUCUGCACUUCUGUUCCCUAUGCUGGAUUCCCUGUUUGAAUAUGCUGUGUGUAUUUAAACUGUUGAUAAAAAAAAAAAAAGACAAAAUAGACGAGUAUUCUUAGCAGAUAAUAUUUUAUUCUUUUGUCUGAGUUGAGUUUGUUUAGGAUUUGUCCACAGUACACGUCAGGAAGCAGCCCCGGGUCACAGCAAGCAUGUUGCUCGGGUGUCCCAAAACUCAAUACACGACCCACCUCCAGGACCUUCAGAAAGCUCCCCGGUUCACACUAAAUGACAAAAAAAAAAA